AUCUCUCAAAAAUUCACUUAAAUGUUCUGGCCCCUUGAACUUUGUGGCCUCCCGGCACGUGUCUGAUGUGUCCGUUGGUUAAAUCGGCACUGAUCUCAAACAUCAAAAAAUCCUGGAUACGUCACUGUAUAAGCUACGUUGUUUUACUAUAUGUUAUAGCAAUAUGUUUUUAUGUAUGUUUUAAACAAAAGCCAGCAGGCAUUAUUAGGUAUUCUAUAAUUUUGCCGAGUUGGACACCAUUUCCCAACUUUUAAGGUGUCAUCCCACCUGUUUUGGGUCAUCUCAUAGAGCUCUGAGUUAUUUGCGUAAGAUAUCUUGAAAUAUAAGUAUAAAUAAAAAUAAAUAUGGCUGAUGAUAAUGGCGAUUACGAAUCUUCAAUAUCGUUGACUCCGCAUGCAGAAUCAAAAAUAAAUAGAAGUCGACAUGCAAAAGAAAAAUUUUCAUGUGGGUACUUGUUUGGUAUCAUAAUUGAAAAAAAAAUUAGAGUUCAUGACCUAGUUGAACUCGAUCUUGGUCUAUUUGAAAAUAAUGAUGCAACAAAUAUAUUAACUGAUGAAAUCCAAGUUGAGUUUGCUUGUAUUCGAUCAUCUUUUCCUGUUGGUUUAGAUAUAAUUGGUGUCUUUAUAACUCAACCUGAACAAGAGAAUAUUGAGGUAGCAGAACAUCUCUUAAAGAUUUUAAAGCAAUUAGAAGAUAUAGAAUUAGCUUUAACUUUUGUUUUAUGUCUUAUUAAACCUAGCGAAUGUUUGUGGCAAGUUGUAAGCAAAAUAGAUGGUAAUAUUCCUGUGAGGAAUGUUUACUCUGAGACUGACGUGGAAUUAAAACAACCUCUUUUUCGUAUUUUUUAUGAUGUGCUUGUCAAGUGGCUGAUAAACACUGGGAUUGAAGGAUUACUUAAAGAAAUCGACAAACUCUUUGAGGAACUUAUUUUGAAUAAAAUUGCGUUUUUACUUGAAUCAACUGGUACGGUACUUUACGAUAAUGAAACUUUUCAAAAUCCUCCUUAUUUGACAUGCGCUGAUCUUGUUUCUGAUAUAAAGAGUAAUCUUGGAUUCAAAUUAUCUGAUAAUAGUUUUCUCGAUAAAGUAAUUAGUUUGCAAUGUUUAAUGCGAUUCACUUCAGAUGAGCAAGAAAAUGAGCAGUUAGAGGAAGAUAAAGAAACUGCACAGUGUAAUGUUCCAGUUUUACUUUCUAACAGUCUAGUAGGCGAAUGUAUUGUUUUCAAAUUGUCUAUUGAUGCUUUGGCGACAGUUGCUCUCAAUACAACGUUCGAAAAGCUUUUGUUUAUGUUACGUGAUUCAAUUUUUAGACAGCAACACGCUCUUCGACUUUUGAUUAAAUUAGGUGGACUCUCUUAUCUGUAUUCUUCUGUUCAUGUUCAACUUCCUGGCGCGGAUUUUCCUAUGACAGUACUGCUUCCAAGUGUCGAUUUAAAAGGAAUUGAAGUUCCUGAAGAGAAUUAUCCGAGUUACAAAGAGAAACUUCAUGAUCGUUUUUUACUUACGAAAGAAUAUCCUGUAUUUAGACGAGUGCUAUCCUGCUUCGAUAAUAGAACAAACAAAAUAAUCCAACUUGUUAAUCCGCAUGAAAGUCUCAAACAUCCUGUUGUUGAAGUUAGUAUGAUGGCGCUAGUUAACGGUAAAUACGCGUAUCAUCAUUAUAUGCAAGAUAAUUUUGAUGAUAAUGGAUGGGGGUGUGCUUAUAGAUCUUUGCAAACGCUUUCAUCUUGGUUUUGGUUGCAAGGUUAUAGUGACCGCCUUUAUCCACAUCAUAAAGAAAUACAAGAAGCAUUGUUUGCAAUGGGUGACAAAGACAUCAAGUUUGUUGGCUCAAAGGAUUGGAUUGGAUCAGUCGAAGUGGGUUAUUGUUUAGAUUAUUUUUAUCAUGUUACUUGUAAAACACUUUAUGUUUCCUCUGGAGCCGACCUGGCGUUUAAAGGUAGAGAACUAUAUACUCAUUUUAAAGAGCAAGGGACACCUAUAAUGAUUGGUGGAGGAGUCCUUGCUCAUACUAUUGUUGGUGUUAUUUUUAACGAGCAUACUGGAGAAACAAAGUUCUUAGUGGUAGAUCCUCAUUAUACCGGUACUGAUAACCUAAAAAUUAUUUUAAGUAAAGGAUCGGUUGGAUGGAAAGGACCAGACUUUUGGGACAAAAAUUCGCAUUAUAAUUUAUGUAUGCCUCAGAGACCUAAAGUAAUCUAAUAAGUUUUAUCAACCUAAUGCAGAUUUUUAUAUUUUUGUUGGGCGCAUUUAUUUCGAAUUAAAAAUACUUUUACCAUAUUAAGAUGUAUUUAUGCUUUGUUCGGGAUGUAAUAACGACGAAACAUGAUUUA